AUGGCGGUUCCCGAAAACCGGAAUAUUAAAUGGACGGUAGAGAACAGCGACCCUUCCAUAAGGAAGAAAAGCGCUUUCUUUGGAGGUGGAGACUCUGCGGCCUCCUCUCACGUAGGCGCUGUUCCGAAUGGCAAGCUCAGCAGGCAACCCAAUGCGAAGCCCACGCGUGCUCGAAACCUCGUUAUCAUCCGGGCCUUUGGAUGCAUGCCGAACAACGGACACAACACUUGCACGUCGUGCAAUUUCGAGAGUCGGACAGUGGUUAACCUCAUGCACGGACUUGAAACGACAGUCGAAUAUUUGGCUAAGGAAAUCCCUCAUUUGAAGCAUGGGUCGUCUGUGAAAAUGAAGCGAAUUGCCACUAGUGCAGACGGCCGUUUGACGGCUACGGUUUUGGUCGAAGUCCGCCUGGCGGAACCAAGAGAGCUCGAACUCGGCCCUCUGGAGGUCAGGGAGUGGGCAGAGCACUUUUUAAAGCACACUAAAGAUAAGCAGGCAAAACUUCUUAUGGGCUCAUGGGUAAUCAAAAUCAAGUACAGCGAACGGGCGGUAGCUCAGAGAGUGGAGUCGUGUUGGAGUGCUGCAGAAACAUGGAUGUUUCUGUCAACCGAUGACGGCCGCGAAUCAGGUCCGACGCAUGAGCCGUAA